UUCCGAAAUUUAGAACGUGAUGUGAGAUUAGUAGGCUGUUGUUAAUAUGCCAAAAUUGUGACAGUAUGUUUAUUCCGGAAAGUUUGUUUUGAUAUUUGACCAAAUAGUCGUUUAGAACUGAAAAUGGAUCUCUACUAUCGGCCAGAAUCGAUAUCGAGUCGAGCCGUUCUCAUGACGGCUGCGGCCGUUGGAGUGAAGUUGAACCUGAAGCUUCUUAAUUUGGUGGCAGGGGAACAUAUAAAGCCCGAGUUUGUUAAGAUCAAUCCACAGCACUGCAUUCCCACCCUGGUGGACAACGGGCUUUCGUUGUGCGAAUCUCGUGCCAUCAUGGGUUAUCUGGUCGAGAAGUACGGCAAGAAUGAUUCACUGUAUCCGAAGGAUCCGAAGCAACGGGCCAUGGUCAACCAGCGGUUGUACUUCGAUUACGGAACUCUACACCAACGCUUUGGAGAAUAUUUUUUCCCGUUGGAAAUGGGCAACCAGACUCCGGAUGCCGAAAACAGAAUGUUGGAGGGACUCGAAAUUUUGAAUAAAUUCCUGGCGGAAUCGCAAUACGUAGCGGGUGAUUCCUUGACGAUCGCCGAUCUCAGCGUUUUGAGUACCGUGUCGUCUUACGAGGCCGCAAAGGUCGAUCUGAGCAAAUAUUCGAAUGUGGCCAAUUGGUACGAACGACUCAGUAAGGAGGCUCCCGGGACAGAGAUCAAUAAGGCUGGGCUGGAGCUGUUUAGGAAAUAUUUCGAGUAA